CUCACGGGGAGCACCUCGAAUUAAACGCGAGGUUUUUAUUUGAAGCCACUGAAGCUCAAGCUUUAAAAGAAACGGGCACCAUGGAAGAGUCCUCUAAUGCACCGCUCCGGCGGCUCGCGCCCAUGGCCGCCGCUCAGCCUGCGCGCGCACACGCACCUGACGACCCCAUACUGCGAGGGUAGCUGGAGUCGUCCUCCGGGAGGAGAGUGUGCACAUUCAGCGUGAGGUGGACUUUGGCUCGGAUCCACGACCCCCCCACCCCCUUCCUCCCCUCCAUCCUCCUCUCCUCUUCCCUCCGACUGGCACAGAGAAGAGCGAGGGAACGUGGGAAAGAGGAAGACAAUGUACCAAAUGCUGCUUCUUUCCUCCUCCCUCUUCAUCCUUCAUGUGAUGGGCACUCCGCAGUUCUUCGCUCACCACGGGAGGAGGGCGUGUGGCCGAGACCUCCGUCACAGCGUUGUCAUGGCAACAGAGUCAUACGUCCAGCCGGUGCACAAGCCCUACAUCACCCUGUGUCAGGGGCAUCGCCUCUGCAGCACGUACAAGACUGUGUACUCUGUGGCGUACCGGCAGGUGAGCAGAGCAGCACCUCCUUCACAUUUCUACCCAGAGUGCUGCCCAGGCUGGAGGAGGCUUCACUCUCACAACUGCAACCAAGCUGUGUGUGGACAGCCCUGCGUGAAUGGCGGUACCUGCUUAAGACCCAACCAGUGUGCUUGUCCGCUUGGCUGGACGGGGCACCAAUGUCAAACAGAUGUGGAUGAGUGUAGCGAGCAGCGGCCCUGCGCCCAGGAGUGUGUGAACACAGCUGGCAGCUAUCGAUGUGCGUGCGGAGACGGCUUCAAGCUCGCCGGAGAUGGCCGUUCCUGUCAAAGCCUUCCUCCUCCUCCUCCUCCUCCUCCUGCCACUCCUCCCUCUCCCACCCAGACCAGCCAAGCAACAGUGGGUGGUCACACGGAUGCGGGUGGACGGUUCGGCCUGGUGGAGAAUGUGACUGAGGAGGUGCAGAGCCUGAGGAACAGAGUAGAGCUCCUGGAGAAGAAGCUGCAGUUGGUGUUGGCCCCCUUCACCAGCUUCUUCCCUCUGUCGCUGGACGAGGGCUUGUCGGAGAAAACCACCUUACUGUCGCACUCCUUCCAGCAGCUGGACCGCAUCGACUCCCUCAGCGAGCAGAUCGGCUUUCUGGAGGAGCGCCUCGGCACAUGUUCUUGCCAGGAGAAUUAGCCACCGAAUGCCGCCACAUUUCCAGACGUCUCCCAUGAAGUUAAUAAUGACACAAACCUGCCAGAGAUUGCACACACCAGGGUGGCUGGCAGAAAGCAGAAACAGCCUCAGCUCUUGUUCUGCUGUGAUGCAAUCACAAAUCAUCUGUGGUGUCCACUGUUCCCAACGGCUUCAUUUACUUUUCUUGUUGGAUUACUGUCAAAUUCUUGAUUUUGUAAUAGUACCUGUGGCAGGGUCAGUUUCAGCAUUACGCCAUCCCUAUAACAUCUGAAUCAAACCCCUCCAGGGUCAAAGGUCAAAUUGGCCCACUUUUGUUUCUGUGUUUGUUUUGCAUCAGUGCAGCUGUGUCCUCCGUCUAAGCCCAAACUGUCCUGAGGCAGACGUGGACAUCUGUAUUUAUCUAUUUAAAUUAUGAUUACUUCUAGUUAUUUCUCAGUGCGCCAAUAGACAUUUUUACCUAGUUUUGUAACAUUUUGUAAUAAAAAGUCUUAAU